AUGACCGCAACGGCGAACCGCAUCUCGACUUAUACUUCCACCUCUGCCUUGUCAGACGGGCGCAAUGGGGAGCAGAAGAAAGAUUUAUGGACAUCCAUGCUCGAUUCGGUCGCGAGUGGGAAGCGGUUACCCGAGAAGAAUAUCCUAGUCUUUGGUGGCUCCCCCGAAUCCCAAAGAGAAUUCCUCGACUCCCUUUCCAAUAGCGACCCAAGGCGGUUGAUCGACCGGCAGCGUAUUCCCCCCAUCGCUAACAACUUUGCCCUCGGAUACACCUACUACGACGUUCUCGACUCCGACCAAGAGGACACCCUCGCUCGCAUAUCCCUCUACCUCCUCUCGACGCCCUCGCCGUCCUUCACCUCCCUCAUCAAACCCCUCCUCACACCCGAAACCAUACCAAACACCCUGAUAGUCGUCCUCCUUGACUGGAGCCAACCACACCUAUGGCUGCGCCAACUGCGAGAAUGGAUCCUCAUGCUACGCGAUAUCCUUCAGUCUCUGGAUUCGAACUGCGUCGACGCUAUGCAGGACGUUAUGAUGUCGUGGAGAGAUCGCGGAAGGGGAGGCGGCUCGGUGAAUCUUGAUGGGACGGGCGUGGCGGCGGCGGACGAUGACGCUGCUCUGCCUUUGGGCCCUAGUGAAUGGGACGAUGGCUUGGGUUUGCCUCUAUGCGUCGUCUGCCAAAACGCCGAUAGAAUGGAGGUCCUAGAAAAGAGCCAGGGGUGGAAAGAAGCAGACUUUGACCAAAUCCUCCAAUAUCUACGAACCAUUCUCCUAAGACACGGCGCAUCCCUCAUCUACACAACCCCCCACCUCCCCUCCCCCCUCCGAUCCCUCAUCCACGCCAGCCUAGGCAUAACAUCCCUCAUAAAGCGCGAACCCCUCCGCCACAACGUCAUCGACCGCGAUAAGAUCCUCGUGCCGCCCAACUGGGACUCGUGGGGCAAGAUCCGCGUGCUCCGCGAAGGUUUUGACGUCGAGACUGUCAGCAACGGCUGGUCCGAGGACAUCCACCAGGACUGGCCGCUUCCCAACUCCUCAACCGCCCGCGACCCGUUCCGAGACGAAGAACCAGAAUCUCACCAGAACCAGCUGUCGGCCCUGUUCCACUACGAGGACUGGGUUCCUGAUGCGAGCGCGGGCGCACUCCAGCUUGCGGGGCCGGAACCCUCGGAUCCUACGAAGUUGGAGGUCGUUUCGGAUGAUCCGCAGAGGUUUUUGGCUGAUCAGGGGAGGCUGCUCGAGAUGAUGAGGGAGAAGACGGAGGAGUUGGAGAAGAAGGAAAGGGCUGCCGCCGCUGCCGGGAACACGCCUACGAGGGGGGGAAGGAAACCGUUGGAGGAUCUGGACCUUGUUAAGGCGGGCAUGGGGGGCAGUGUGGUUUCGGAUCAUAUUGGGCCGGUGCAGUUUAAUAUGGGUGGUAUUCAGGUGGACGCUGAUGACAUGGUCCAGAGGCUGAAGGACCGCCAGGAUUAUGGCUCCGACCCGACCACCCCGCCUGCCGACGGCGUCCCUCCUUCACUCGACAAUACCGCCGGCCUGGAGGCCUUCUUCCUGAACCUCACGAAACGGAAGCCUGGUGCUAGUGUGACGGGGAGUCCAGCCAGGGAUCAUUGA